GCUCUCGGUGUGGGAAGGGAACCAAACCGAGACGGAGGCGGAGUACGACGCCUGCCUUCCCUCUUCCGCCGAGCGCCCGCUGCGUCAUUCUCGUCCCUCCUCUUCAUCUUCAUCGGCCAACCGAUUGCCGCUGACCCCGGCCAUCGGCGACUGUCCCCCGGUUCGUACCUUCUCCUCCUUGAUCCCCUUUUCUUUUAUUGCUCCUCGAUUCCAAAAAUCUAAUUUAGUACCCCCAAUCUCCGAACCCUAAUCCCCCGCAUCCCUCCUCCUCGAUCACCACGUAAGCAGGCAGAUGGAUGGAGGAUACGUAUACGCGCAGAUUACACCACAACAUAAUUUCCUUUUUAGGCUUAGAUGUUUCGUGUUCACCUCAGCUCAGCUCUAACGAAUCUUGUUUCUCUUCCCUAGGUUUUUCUUUAACGAUUUCCGAUUCGAUUCCAUGGCCGGCUGGACCGAUUCCACCGGCAGCGGCGGCCGAGGAUCAGGAGGAAGAGGCUUCACGACACCCCGCUAUACUACUAAUUCCACCAAUGACAUGAUCCAUGGAGGUACCAGCGGCGGAGGCGGAGGUAGCGGCAGGUGGAGAGGAGGCAGGUCAAGGGGGUGGCCGCCCCCGCAGCCUCACCAUCGCUACCGCCGUGUGGAUGCCGUUCAUCGUGACUCCGCGCCUGUCUCUCUAUCGGAGCUACAGGCGGCCUCCUCCACAUCCAGCCGCCACCGGUACCUUACUCGUUCCAUCUCAGCGGACAAGUCUUCCGCCUCGGGAACCGCGGGUUCAACAGAUACCAGGGAGCCUGACGACAAGGCUAACCGCAGCGCUGCCAACUUUGAGUGCAACGUCUGCUUUGACAUGGCCGCUGAACCUGUGGUCACCAGGUGCGGCCAUCUCUUCUGCUGGGAGUGCCUCUAUCAGUGGCUCCAUGUCCAUUCUCACCACCGUGAGUGCCCUGUCUGCAAGGGUCAGGUAGCUGAUGAUGCUAUCAUACCCAUCUAUGGGCGUGGUGGAUCCGCAGCCUCUGUGGACAACGCUCCCCCAAGGCCCACUGGAGCCAGAGUAGAGAGCACAAGGCAGCAACAACAACAGCUGCCAAUUUUCCAUCCUCCCAAUGUUUUUGAAUUCAUAGGCCUUGGCUUGGCCGCUGCAGCCAGAGGAGAGCACUCCACCGAGCAGCUGCUGCUGCCAACUUUCUCCCACCCCACGGUGUUUGAUGAUGACGACGGGCAUGAAUGGGACAUGGAUCUUGUGAACAACGGCAUUGAUCCUUUGGACCUCAUAACUCCCGGCACCCAAGACUUGGACAUGGAUGAUUAUGAUGGCACUAUUGAUUUCGAUGAUGAUGAUUAUGAAUAUGACUACCAUUUGGCGGGUGCUACGUUGUUUGCUUCUGCUGGGACUGAGGCCAGCAAUCCCAGCUCUUCACAAGCACAUGCUGGUAUGAUCAAUAUUAGGGACAACAUUCUUGGCACUGCCACCAGCAUCUAUCAUCAGCAAGAGUUUGGCUACUCUGGCGUGAGACCUCAUAAUAACAGGGGACGGCGCCGGCACCGUAAUCGCGCAAGGGCAUCAGCAAAUCACUCAGGCGCUGAUGAAAUGGUGAUCGAGGAUACCAGUCAUUUCUACCUUCAGAACGGUGGCAGUUCUAACAUUAGUGCAGGCGCUGCUUUUCGGCCCAACGGUGGCUGGACUGGGAGAAGAGGAAGAAGCAACCUGAACUCGAAUUCAGGUGGUGGAAGCAACCUGAACUCAAACUCAGGUGGUGGAAGCAACAUGAACUCGAAUUCAGGUGGUGGAAGAGGAGGGAUUCAGGGUACCAGAAGACAGAGGACAAAUUACAACUGAUAGUGAUGUUGGGACAUGCUUCGAAAUAGGAGCGAUAACUGAUGAGAUAAACAAACUUAAUCCUUUGUCUUCCAUUUUUUUUCUUUGUUUCUCUCGUAUUAUUAAUCCUUUUGUAGCCUGUGGCUAUUGGCACCUUGUCAAACAUCUUCUCUCCGUUUCCCCUGAAUUGUUAUGCCUGGUUAAUGUUACUUAUUUUUAGUACC